AUGUCCAGAGAGAAGGGAAUGGUUUUGACGACAGCAAGCAUUGCUUUUACCCGGUUCAGCGAAAAGAACAAGCUGUUCGUUGUUGCUCUUUCGGCGAUGUGGUUUUUACCGGUAAUUGCAACGUCAACCUUUCCUCGACGUUCUUUCUCUGUUCUCUCCACCACCGGGAAAAAAGACGAGACGAACUCUGGCCAGAAGGAGCAGCGGGAGCUUGGUGUAGGUGGUCCAAGCUCCUUCUAUUGUCUACCUCAAGUGUCCCAGACGAGAUACGUACCUGUAUUGCCUGACUGA